UAAUCUCUGCACCAGAUGGUGAUACACCAGAUAUUCUUUUUAAGGUGAACAUGUGAUCUACUGUACAGCAAACCAGAGGGGUCUGCCAUCACGUGACGAAAUGUAUAAUAAGUCUGAUAGAGCUUUGAUUAGACAACUGACCUGGUUACCAUCUGUAGCUACAAGAACCGAGGUUGACAUUUUUGGAACAUUCUCCCCAGAAGCUUAAUUCUUCCACCUCUGUGGCACAGCGAUCCAGCUGAGCAAACUACACGGAGAGAAACAGAAGGAAGCUAAAGAUAUGCUGCUUAAAACAUGUUCUUAGGGUUGCAGGGAUUUUUUUUUCCUUCCUUCAAAACAAGCCACAUCUUGACUCACAUGGGUCUAAACUAAAAACCCACUCAGCUAUUUGAUAUUUGGGAAAUCUGCAGGAGGCUGUAAGUUAUUUCAAAGGAAGCUUCUCUCUGCUCUGAACGAACACACACACACACACACACACACACACACACAGAGCUCUGCACUAUGGUAGUGCAGACAGCUGUGACUCCUGGUAGGACCCGAAGACUUUUGUUCAAAAUACCAUAUGGAUCACUGAGAAGACGCAGUGUGGAAAGGAUGACGGAGGGCCGCCGAUGUCAAGUGCACCUCCUCGAUGACAGGAAGCUGGAACUUCUCGUGCAGCCAAAGCUUUUGGCCAAGGAGCUGCUCGACCUGGUGGCAUCUCAUUUCAACCUGAAGGAGAAAGAAUACUUUGGAAUUGCCUUCACAGAUGAAACGGGACAUUUAAACUGGCUUCAGCUGGACCGUAGAGUGCUAGAACACGACUUCCCCAAAAAGUCAGGACCAGUUGUUUUGUACUUCUGUGUCAGGUUCUACAUUGAGAGCAUUUCUUAUUUAAAGGAUAAUGCCACCAUCGAGUUGUUUUUCUUGAAUGCAAAGUCCUGUAUUUACAAGGAACUCAUUGAAGUUGACAGCGAGGUGGUGUUUGAAUUGGCCGCGUACAUCUUGCAGGAGGCGAAAGGAGAUUUUGCAAGCAAUGAAAUUGUAAAGACUGACUUGAAGAAGCUUCCAGCCCUUCCAACGCAAGCCCUGAAGGAGCACCCUUCCCUUGCUUACUGCGAGGACAGAGUCAUCGAGCAUUACAAGAAACUGAGUGGUCAGACAAGAGGCCAAGCGAUUGUAAAUUACAUGAGCAUUGUAGAAUCCCUCCCAACGUAUGGAGUCCAUUAUUAUGCAGUAAAGGACAAGCAGGGAAUUCCCUGGUGGUUAGGACUUAGCUACAAGGGCAUUUUUCAGUACGACUACCAUGACAAAGUGAAACCAAGAAAGAUCUUCCAAUGGAGGCAGCUAGAGAACCUGUACUUCCGCGAGAAGAAGUUUUCCGUGGAAGUUCACGACCCACGCAGGGCGUCUGUGACCAGGAGAACGUUUGGGCACAGUGGCAUUGCCGUGCAUACAUGGUACGCCUGUCCUGCAUUGAUCAAGUCCAUUUGGGCUAUGGCCAUUAGCCAGCACCAGUUCUACCUGGACAGAAAGCAGAGUAAGUCCAAGAUUCAUGCUGCGAGAAGCCUAAGUGAAAUCGCCAUUGACCUGACUGAAACUGGAACGCUGAAGACUUCGAAACUAGCCAACAUGGGAAGCAAAGGCAAAAUUAUCAGCGGCAGCAGCGGCAGUCUUUUGUCAUCCGGUUCCCAAGAGUCAGAUAGCUCUCAGUCUGCCAAGAAAGACAUGCUGGCUGCAUUGAAAUCCAGGCAGGAAGCUCUGGAAGAGACACUGCGCCAGCGACUGGAGGAGCUAAAGAAACUGUGUCUCCGAGAAGCGGAGCUCACAGGAAAGCUGCCCAGGGAAUACCCCCUAGAUCCAGGGGAGGAGCCACCUAUUGUAAGGAGAAGAAUAGGGACGGCCUUUAAACUGGAUGAACAGAAAAUACUGCCUAAAGGAGAGGAAGCGGAGCUGGAGCGCCUGGAGAGGGAAUUUGCAAUUCAGUCCCAGAUCACUGAGGCUGCCCGGCGCCUGGCCAGUGACCCCAACGUCAGCAAAAAGCUGAAGAAACAAAGGAAAACCUCCUACCUUAAUGCCCUAAAGAAACUGCAGGAGAUCGAAAACGCCAUCAAUGAGUACCGCAUCAAAUCUGGAAAGAAGCCAACGCAGAGAGCCUCCCUGAUCAUAGACGAAGGAAACAUCGCCAGUGAAGAUAGCUCCCUCUCAGAUGCCCUUGUUCUUGAGGAUGAGGAUUCUCAGGUUACCAGCACAAUAUCCCCCUUACAGUCACCUCACAAAGGACUCCCUCCCCGGCCGCCCCUACAUAACAGACCACCUCCUCCACAGUCAUUGGAAGGACUCAGACAAAUGCACUACCACCGGAAUGAUUAUGACAAGUCCCCUAUCAAGCCCAAGAUGUGGAGCGAAUCAUCCCUGGAUGAACCCUAUGAGAAGGUCAAGAAACGCUCCUCACACAGUCAUUCCAGCAGUCAUAAGCGGUUCCCCAGCACAGGAAGCUGUGCAGAGGCUGGAGGGAGCAGCUCUCUGCAAAAUAGCCCCAUCAGGAGCCUCCCGCAUUGGAAUUCCCAGUCCAGCAUGCCAUCUACACCAGAUCUACGGGUACGCAGUCCGCAUUAUGUCCAUUCCACUAGGUCAGUAGACAUCAGCCCAACCAGACUGCACAGCCUAGCUCAGCACUUUAGACACAGAAGCUCCAGCUUAGAGUCACAAGGCAAGCUCCUUGGGUCAGAGAACGAGACGGGGAGCCCCGAUUUCUACACCCCAAGGACUCGUAGCAGUAAUGGCUCUGACCCCAUGGACGACUGCUCUUCCUGCACCAGCCAUUCCAGCUCUGAGCACUACUACCCUGCUCAGAUGAACGCCAACUACUCCACCCUGGCCGAGGAUUCCCCCUCAAAAGCCAGAGAGCGGCAGAGGCAAAGGCACAAAUCUGCAGGAAACCUGGUCUCUUCUAAUUCAGGGAGCAUGCCCAACCUGGCGGCAAGGAACGGAACCGGGCACCCCGGGGUCUACCUGCACAGCCAGAGCCAGCCUUCCUCUCAGUACAGGAUCAAAGAGUACCCCCUGUACAUCGAAGGCAGCUCCACGCCCGUGGUGGUGCGCAGCCUGGAGAACGACCAGGAGGGACACUACAGCGUGAAAGCACAAUUUAAAACCUCCAACUCCUACACGGCAGGGGGGAUGUUUAAAGAGACCUGGCACGGGGACGAAGUGGACUCGAUAAGACUAACCCCCUCCCGUUCUCAGAUCAUAAGGACGCCAUCUCUGGGCAGAGAAGGCCACGAGAAGGGCUCGGGCAGGACUGCAGUAUCAGACGAACUCCGGCUGUGGUACCAGCGGUCCACAGCCUCCCACAAGGAGCACAGCCGCCUGUCGCACACCAGCUCCACCUCCUCGGACAGCAGCUCCCAAUACAGCACAUCUUCUCAAAGCACCUUUGUGGCACACAGCAGGGUAACGAGGAUGCCUCAAAUGUGUAAAGCAACAUCAGCUGCCUUACCUCACAGCCAGAGGAGUUCAACACCAUCUAGUGAACUAGCAGCUACACCACCAAGCAGUCCCCACCACAUCGUAGCAUGGCAGACUGGAGAAGCAACAGACAACUCACCCACUAUGGAUGAGUCUCAGUCUCCAACUCACCAAAGUACUGAUGAAUAGAGGAGCUACAACGAUAGCUGUUUCCUGGAUUCUCCCCUCUAUCCAGAACUAGCAGAUGUCCAGUGGUAUGGACAGGAAAAAGCCAAGCCUGGGACUCUAGUGUGAACCCCUGACCUCAAUCUGAUCACAUCAAUGCCAUUCGGAGAUCACCUCACUGCCUCUCAUUUGCCUUACCCAGAUGCACUGUCGCCCGGCACCAGCUUCAACGCUAAGCACUUUUCUCGAAAUGCGAUUCAAGACGCCAUUACAGAUACUAGCCCCAGAAUGCAUCCGCAACCACCAACGGAUAGCAGUGUUUCAAACCAGAUUGCCACGGACUGACAUACAACUCCUAUAGCCCAAAGGGCCCGGGGUGGGGACAACAUAUAUGAAUAACUAUGUUAGCAGCCAGAUGGCAGGGUUUUUUUCUUUGAAAGCCUUUCAAGGUAUAAAUACAAUCUUAUAGGUCUAUGGCAUGGGAAAAUAGUAAGAUUUCUACAACUUGCAGUCUGAAGCCAACAGAACAUUAGUUAAGGGGGCGAGAAACAGUGGUUGUGAAAUAUAUUCCUUACUCCUGAAGUAUUUAUUUGGAGUAAAGAAAAGCUCCUCUUGCUUCAGAGAUGUGUCAGAAUAUCGCAAUCAGUUCAGUGCUGCCAAGAUCACAGAAUUACUACGAGACGAGAGCAUGGGCAGCGUCUCUGUAGAUGUGCCCAUUUCCAGAGAUGACAGCCUACAGUUUGGGAACUGUUUUUACUUGCUUCCUCACUUUAAGCCCUUCCAAAAAAUAAAACAACCACCACCCAUUGGGAUGAAGACACACCAGAUCUCUGGGCUGGGAUCUUAAAAUCAAUCUCGAAAAGCUGCUGUUUAAACUGGACAGACACAAAGGUUUACAAGGGUGUUAUCUAAAGCAGAGGCAAGUACUGCUACUCUUAGCAUCUGGGGCCGGCACAGGCUAACCACCAAUACAUACAGUUUUUGUUUGGGGUUUUUUGUAACGCUUAUGAUAAAUUAAGGUGAAAAUUGCCAAAAGCCGUUCUAUGAAUAGAAAUAACCAAUAAAGGAUAUCCUAUUUAUGCACAAAGUGUUUAACAUGAAAUCAAAGGGAAGCACAUUACAAGCUAAUGGACAUGGUAAAGCCACAUUAGCAUAACGGUUCCGAUUAUUACGCUUUUGGUAAGUGCCAGUGUAGCAAAGGGCUCAUCACCAAAGUAUUGGUAUCCAAGGGACCCCACUAUGUUAUAAAGUGGAAGGGUUCAGUAGUGCUCUCUACUAACCAGCAGACUAGGCAAAUUUUCAGAUUGCAAGAAGGGACCAUAAUAAAAGCUAAUUAAUUAGUAACCUUGAUGCACUCGACACAGCCUCUCGUUGUCUACGGAUACCAAAAGGAAACCUAGGAGAGAGUCAUGACGGGAGCCGCAAGUUUACAUGUACUUUGGAGCUAUGCUUUACACAUGUCAAGCCAUCAAACGGCAAAAGGCCUCAAAGACACUUUUGUACUGAACUAGUGCACAAGCUAGGUGGGGGUUGAAGCUGGCACAUCUCGUCUUCGCUAUGGUGCUUCGCUGUUUUUAUUGCCACUAGAUGGGGUGGGGUUCUCGCCCCAUUUGUGCAUGCGGAUGACGAUUUCCUAUGGGAAAGGCAAUUAAAGAAAUGGCUGGAGGGGGUUACUUUGUGAAAAGCAGAAACUGAGGUUAGCUUUAGUUUAAAGAAAUCAAGUGUGUGUGUGUGUGUGUGUGUGUGUGUGUGUGUGUG